AUGCAUGACUGCGAGUUCAAGAAAUAUCUCGGGAGGAAAUCAUUUACCACCUUGAGGGAAGCUUUGAAGAUAGAUAACGAAUACAUCAGGAGUGAGGAGCAGAUGCUGAUAUCUCACCCUGCAAUGGGAGGGGAGACAUCCCAGGCAGCUAGAAAAGAUCAGCCUCACUCACACCAGCAAAGCUAUCGGAAGGACAAUAAUAUAGGAAAGAAAGUUAUCAGCAGAGAGGAGGUUUUUAGAGCAGGCAACCAGUUGGAGCAUACCAGAGCCCGUCAAGAUAACAACAAUGGAAACGACAGACAACAGAAUACACAACAACACCACGCUCCCUAUGUCCCCACACAGCCAGGGUAUUCUCAAUCUGCACCCAGGAUUGAGCAAGCACCAGCGGUCAGGCAAGAUAAUCGAACCCAACCCGAAUCAAGUAGAGAGGGUGCCGAUAGAGGGAAGAAGCUCAUGGUUUGGGUUAUCUUAGGAGGGCCAAUUCACGGGGGGGCGAUUAGUGGAGCAGGUAGAAGUUUACAUGAGCACCGGCAUCUGGUGAAUUACCACAGCACAAGGAAGUGGUCGAAACCACCCAACACACCGAUAGCAUCUUUUACUUCGGAAGAUUGUCGCGAUAUCAUCUACCCGCAUGACGAUCCAUUGGUACUAGAACUGGAAAUACCUAACUUUCCGGUCAAGAGAUGCUUGAUUGACGAGGGGAGUUCGACAAACAUCAUAUUCUGGGAAGCAUUCAAGCAGCUGAAUGUUGAUCACAAUGAGUUGUCAAAAAUGAGAUAUCCUGUCAUUGGAUUCUCUGGAGCUACGGUGUACCCGGAAGGCAGCAUACGUUUACCGGUACAAGUGGGGAGUGAAGUAUCAGCUAGAGAUCUGAUGGUUGAUUUUCUGGUGAUCAAGGUACCGGCGACGGACAAUGUAAUCAUGGGACGACCUUUUAUCCAUGACGCACAAGCAGUAGUGUCAACGUACCAUCUCACCAUGGUGUACCUUUCCAAUCUGGAAAGAACAAAAAGAAUCCAGGGUAGUCAGGAAGCUGGCCGAUCAUGUUACCUGACAUCAUUGGAAACAUCGGGAAGGAUGGUAUCGGAGGUGAAUAUAGCUCAAGAGGCUAACCUUCCGGUCAAAAGGCCAAGAGGGGAUCUAAGAAUAGAAAACUUCGAUGAAAGACCGGUUAGUGUUCCAAGACCGGAAGCAGAAGGAGAAACACAUGAGGUAGAACUGGUAGAAGAUGAAAUGCCAGAUAUUAAUCCCGACAUCAUGGUUCACAGAUUAAACGUUGACAAAGCAGUCAGACAUGUGAAACAAAAGAAGCGAAACUUCUCCGUGGAUAAAAUUCAUGCUAUAAAGAAAGAGGUCGACAAGCUACUGGGAGCUGGGCUAAUAGAAGUUUGUGAUUACCCAAAAUGGCUCGCUAACGUGGUCAUGGUAAAAAAAUCUAAUGGCAAUUGUGUGUUGACUUCACCAACUUAA